CUCGACUACGCCUAAGAAGUUUUUUCCCUUCUCCUCUAUACAAAAGACCCUGCAUCAACGGCCUUCCUUAUAUUUCCCUACACUUUAGGAAUAAUUGUAUUUACGAAACAAAAAUGACUUUCGCCUACAUUCUUCCCCUCCGUGCCGUGCAGGCUGUCUUCUCCAUCAUCGUCCUCGGUCUCGCCGCCUAUGUUGUGGACGCUUAUACCAGCCCCUGGGGCUCCUGGUCUCCUCACAGCGUGAACUUCAUGCUCUUCACUGCUGUUUGGACGCUCCUCGCUGUGGCCUUCCUAGUCAUCACACCAUCUCGCUUCCCGCAGUUCGCCCAUAAGUAUGUCAUUGCCGGCCUCGAAGCCCUGACCAUGAUCUUCUGGUUCGCUGCUUGGGUGGCUGUCGCUGCUUUGUGGGGUGAUAUCCACUGCGGAAGCAACGGCGGCCCUUGCGGUGCCGGAACCGCCGCUAUCGUUUUCGGUGCCUUCAUCUGGCUCACCUUCGUCGCUACCACUGUUUUCGCCGUUCUCCACAUCCGACGCACGCCCCGUGGAGAUACAUCUGCCGACCCAGAGAUGCGCAUGCAGGGUGUCUAAAUUUUCUUUGUCUGAAAACUUACCGAACACCAACUUGAGCCUCAUGCUAUGAUUGGACAAUUUCCUACCUCGUCGUGCGUCGUUUUGGGUUAGGAAACCAGAUUGUAUUUCGAGUGAGCGAGGUGUUCCGGUCUGUUGUCUGUUUGUUUCUUUUCAUUGGAAUACCCACGUCGUGUCUAUCGACUUCUCUCUCAGAUAUCCAAGUACCAAUAAUAAUAUCGCCAUUCCGUAUGUUACACUCUACAGUUUGUGAUGACGAUACGUAUUUUGAAUUACAUCGCCGCGACUGAUAUUCUUUGUUCAUACUGUCGCGUAUAGACGCCUCUGUAGUACAAGUAGGGCUCAUCACAGGCACGACCCGCAAUCGGUGGAUAGGUAGAAUAAGUAGAUAUUUCUGUCGAUAGGCCUCGGGAGGUAGGUGGAUGAUGCCUCAAUC